GCACGGACACGCACACGCACACGGGCGGCUACUAUGAUCAUGGCCCAGGCUCCGCCGCUGAGCAUGCACUCGCCGGAUAUGCGCCGGCUCUUUAUCCAGGGGAUCCCUCUGUCGGCCUCGGCCGCAGACCUGGAGGCCCGGUUCCGGCCCUUUGGCCGGGUCGUCGAGUGCGAGAUCCCACUCUGCACGAACAGCGGCCUGUCGCGCGGCUAUGGCUUUGUGUCGCUUGACGUCACGGAGAAGGAGCUGAACCGCUGCAUGAGUGUCUAUGCCAAGUCCAAGUGGCAGGGCCGGGAGAUGCGCGUGCAGCUGGCCAAGCCCCGGAUCGAAGAGCGCCUGCAGGGCGAGCGCCAGGCGGCGGCCGCGGCGGCGGCUGCCGCCCGCGAGGCCGCGGCCAGCGCCGCUCGCGCCCAGGUCAUCGAGCCGGGCCCGCAUCUGGACCCGGAGGCCGACCCCCUGUCGGUGCCCCUGCCAUCCAAGUGGAAGCGCGCCUACCACAACCGCCUGGUGCCGGUGCUGCGCUUCUGGCACCCGGACCGCAGCAAGCGCAAGUUCCUCGUCAUCGACCCGUCCAAGGGCCGGGCGCACCGGGUUCGCUUCCCGGUGGCCGGGCAGGAGAAGCCGAUCGGCAAGCUGAUGCGCUACUACUACAAGCCCCCGGCAUCGGCCCUGUACCUGCCGCAGAACAUCGACCAUCUGGCGGUUUCCUCGGUGCUGGCGUACACGGCCCCGAUGCGGGCGCACGGGGCCGACUCUUCCGGCGGCUCGGACGGCCGGUCGUCAGCCUCCUCGGAUUCCGACUCGGAUGCCGGGUCGGCCUCGGGCGCCGGUGGCCGGGGGGCCUCGCACGGGUCGUCCUCCUCCUCCUCCUCCUCCUCUUGGGCCGCUGGUGGCGGUCGCGGGGAGGCCGAUGAAGAGGAGGAGGAGGAUGGGCGCCGGCCGCGGCGCAGCGCCUGGCCCCCGGCCGGCAACUGCCAGCCUGGUGGUCUCCUCAGCGGGCUGGUGGAUCUGGACGAGGAGGAGGCCGACGAGGAGGACGGCGAGCCGGAGUUCUUCGCCCCGGAGGACGGCGCCGUCCAGCAGUACCACGACCAGUAUGAUGCGGCUGAUCCCGAGCAACAGGGCGACCAUGAGCCGGGGGUGGCCACCGGGCACUUCCCGAAUAUGCCCUUUUUCUUCCACUCGUCGCGGGACUUUGCCGGCGGGUGCCUGGACUCCGGCGAGGCGAUCGUCGCGUGGGACGGCCAGCCCGUGGGGUUGCGUUUCGCCGCGCGCGGCAACAUGGAAAGCAUCCGCGAGGCGUGGUUCAAGAAGCGUGCGGAACUGAGCGAGGAGUACAAGAAACUGCACAAGUCGGCCGUCCGGCGCCAGACUCGCUACCAGCUGAGCACCAGCCAGCCGGCCGCCACCGAGCAGUAACCGGGCCCAGGGCGACGCCGCUUCCCCCCCCCCCCUCCCCCCC